AUGGCGCCUCCAACUGGGCACCUGCUGCUCCCCAAAAUAUGGAGAGCAGCAAGGUUCGCCUAUGCGAAGGCUCACAAGGCCAUUCGAGCCAAGUUCCCAGAACAAACACAACACACUUCAGUGCACUAUCAGCCGGCUUAUGCCCGCAUCAACCGUCAGCCAAUUAGUCGUGCCGCGGCUAUCCGUCAAGCCCGGAGCCGGCACUUCUCCACUCGCGCCGGUGCCUUCGUCGCUGCCAUUCGAUCCGGUCUCGGUUCUGAAGCACCCGUUCGGAGCACAUCGCGAAUUGUCUCCGGCAUUGGUCGACUGAGUGGUCGCGCCCCCUUCGCUUCGACCCUGCGUCCCAACCUGACCGGUGGUACCCUGGGCCGAACUGCAGGUGGAUACACUAUCGGGGCUGGCCGUGUUGGUGGAGCCAGAUACUUCUCUCAUGGCCCUGCUGCCCCGGCUCAAGUCAUCCAGAAUGUGUCGCAAGGUGUGCGUGCCUUCUUUUUGUCGGGUCAGAAAGCCCGCUUCGAUGGCAUUGAUCCUCGCACCGGCGAAAAGCGCUUUAAGGCCGUCAGUUCGCUGCAAGACCAGGCAGAGCGGAAGAUGAAUGCCAUCCCCCGCACUGCUUCUGGAUCUUUCGUUGACUUCCAGGUCUCCCCGACCAUCACUGCUCUCAGUGCUCUCGGUGGCCGUGAGGGCGCCGCCCCCAGCCUCAACUCAGAGGGUCUCAUGGACCUGCUGUCUGCUGACUUUGCACGAGCAUUGAAGGAUUUCGCUGCUGUCACCAAUGAUCUCAAGCGUCUGUCUACCCUUGGCGACCUCCCAAUUGUGCUCCAUAACCGAUCCACCAUUCGUGUCCACUUCCCAGGCUGCGACUCGGAGACUGUAGAGCAACUCUGCGGCGAAGCGGGUGUUCAGCGUGGCAGAAUCGGUCAAGAUGAGGACUUCGAUGUUCGCACUGGUGCCGACUUGGCUCUCCUGUUCCCCUUCGCGCCUAGCAUGGCCCCGUCCCCUGGCACAGACUACUACUUCGAGAAGGCGCAGAAGCCACAGUCCUUCUCGGACCUGGACUGGCAAGGGAUGAUGACACCGGAAAGUCGCAUGGCAUCUUCUCGUGAUUCAGGCAACGCCAUCAGCUUCGAUGACGGUGAGCUCUUCGGUGCCAAUCCUUGGAAGUCCACCACUGCCAGUUACUCCAGCAUCAACAUUAGCGAGCUUGGUGACAACCCCUUCUUUCCCGAAGUCUCCAGCGCUGGUCAGCCGGAGACCAAUUCCGCUUACGAUGGCCCGGAGGGCAUCUACAGGUUCUUGGCCGAGUGUGAUCAGGCUCAGCGCUAG